AUGAAGACUCUUCUGGUUGGUUUGCUGCUUGGCCUGGCAUAUGUGGAGCUGGCUCAAUCCUUACGAUGCUACACGUGCGAAAAACCCACAGACAUUUCUCUGUGCAGAACAGUCACUGUAUGCCCCCCGAGAGCCAGGGCAUGCACAACAACAAUGCUCUCCGUAGACUCGGGUUACCCCUUUUUCGGCAAUAUCACUGUGAUGAGGUCCUGCAUAGAGGAUUGCGUUGCCUCUGGCGGCAUAGGGGCGAACCACCCCAUGUCGUGCUGCUACACCGACCUCUGCAAUGACAACAGCUCCAGAAGCAGCCCGGGGCUGAGAACCAGCUACGCAGCACUGGGUGCCAUGGCCCUGGUCCUCGUCAUGCUCUUCAAGCCUCCUCUGUAA